GAGAUUUUUAGGGUUCUAGCGCUGGAGGAAGGUCGCCGGGCGCUGGCGCCGUGGAAUGUAAGCCGGAGCUGGGAUCGCCGCAUUGGUAUUAUGCUAGAUCGCCGCGCAGGUGAUCGGUAGAUCCACGCAAUGGCGCUCAACAUGAAGAGCCUGACGCAGGCGCUUGCCAAGACCGCCGCGGUGAUCGAGAAGCACGUCCAGAGCACCGUCCAGGAGGUGACCGGGCCCAAGCCGCUCCAGGAUUACGAGCUGGUUGAGCAGAUCGGGUCGGGAGGUCCGGCCCUUGCGUGGAAGCUCUACUCGGGACGGCCAAGGAACAAGGCCGAGCACGCUCACAAUCCUGAGGUCUGUGUGUGGGUUCUAGAUAAGAAGCUCUUGUCGGAGACGAGGCAGAGGAUUGGAAUCACCAAGGCGGCAGAGGAUGCGUUUCUAGAGGUUGUGAGGGCUGAUGCGGGGCAGAUGCUCAAAUUGAGGCAUCCGGGAGUUCUUCGAGUGGUCCAGGCGCUGGACGAGAGCAAGACGGCAAUGGCGAUGGUGACGGAACCAAUCUUUGCGGCGGUCGCGAAUGUUCUUGGCAACUUGGAAAACGUUUCAAAGACACCUAAAGAGCUCAGAGGCUUGGAGCUUGGGCUCUUGGAGAUCAAACACGGACUGCUCCAGCUAACGGAAACUCUGAGUUUCUUGCACAACAAUGCGCAGCUUGUUCACAGAGCCAUAUCACCCGAGUCAGUUUUUAUCACAUCCAGUGGAUCCUGGAAGUUCGGCGGGUUUGGAUUCGCAGCGACUGUAGAACAAACUGCUGCUGAAGCUGGGGCGGGAGCAUCUUUUCUCUAUCCAGAGUAUGAUGUGGACGAAGUUGUGAUGCCUCUGCAACCACCAUUGAAUUAUACCGCGCCAGAGCUAACGCGAAGUAAUGGGAACCCGGGAUCAUGUUCUGACAUUUUCAGUUUGGGAUGCCUUAUAUACCAUCUCCUGUCUCGUGAACCUUUGGUGCUGUGCAAGAACAAUCUAAGAGCGUACAAGGCCAAGGUACAGUAUCUGGCUAGUGCAAGCUUUUCAAAGAUUCCUCCCGAGCUUGUACAUGAUUUGAAACGUAUGCUGAGCCCGGCAGAGCUUUCCAGACCAACUGCCUCAGAAUUCACUGGUUCCCCAUUCUUCCGAGAAGAUACAAGACUGAGAGCACUAAGAUUUUUGGAUCAUAUGCUUGAACGAGACAACAUCCAGAAAUCUGACUUCUUAAAAGCGCUUUCAGGCAUGUGGACGGAAUUCGAUCCUCGUGUGCUCCGUUACAAGGUAUUGCCGCCGCUUUGUUUGGAGCUGAGAAAUGUGGUCAUGCUUCCGAUGGUGCUGCCAAUGGUUCUUACAAUUGCCGAGUCUCAGGAAAAGGCUGAUUUUGAAUCCUCGACUCUUCCAGCAUUGCUCCCUGUCUUGAGCUCAGCAACUGGCGAAUCUCUUUUAUUGCUGGUUAAACAUGCUGCGUUAUUGAUAAAUAAGGUUACCUCAGAACAUCUAUCGACGAGUGUUGUUCCAAUGCUCGUUCGGGCAUACGAUGAUCCAGAUGCGAGGAUGCAAGAGGAAGUGUUAAAACGUACAAUUGGCAUUGCGAAACAAAUAGAUUAUCAGAUUCUUAAGCAGUCGAUCUUACCCAGAAUACACGGCCUGGCUUUGAAGACAACAAUAGCUGCGGUUCGCGUAAAUGCACUUUUGUGUCUGGGUGAGCUUGUCCCUCGACUGGAUAAAAACUCAUUCAAAGAAGUUUUACAAACAUUGCAACGAUGUACCGCUGUGGAUCAUUCUGCUCCAACUCUAAUGUGCACCCUGGGGGUUGCCGAUGCCAGUUACAAACAAUUUGGCGUGGAAUUUGCUGCCGAACAUUUGUUACCACUCUUGACACCACUAUUGACGGCUCAACAGCUCAAUCUCCAGCAAUUCACGAAGUACAUGCAGUUUGUGAAAGAAAUAUUGAGGGAAAUUGAAGAGAAGCGGGGACUCAAGGAUGGCGAGGCAGCCAAAGAAGGGAUCAGUAUGAACGGAGGGCCCGCGUCAACCAAGGGAAACAGCUGGGACGCGGACUACUGGAGCUCGGGAGUUUCCAAAACGCAGGCGAUUUCUUCGGCCACAAAAUCUGAGCAAGUUGCCGCCAUCUUCUCUUCCGCGACAACAACACCAGCAGAGAGUUCCAUUUUCUCAUCCACGACAAAGCCAGAGAAGCCUGUCUCGCCAGACUUUUCUACUCCAAAUGCCAGGCCUCUCAACGAGAGAACUCCGACGCCAACAAUUUCAGGGGGCAUGCCUCUGGACUGGGAGUGGCCACCGAAAGCAGGCACAGGCACGGUUGGAGCUAGCACCACUCAAAGCUUCUCGUCCGGGGCACCAGACGUGAGCAGUUCCUUUGGAGACGAUUUCGAUCCAUUCGCAGAUUGGCCUCCGCGAAACAGCUCUGGCAACGCGGUAUACGGAGUGGCUUCCUCCCUGAGCAGCAGCAGCAGCAUCAGCAGCAUCAGCAUCAACAACAACAAGAAUCACAACAACAACGGCAUUGCUACCAAGCUGGACGAUUUCUUCUCGUCGCCAGGCCAGUCUCAGCCGCCACUCAAGCUCGCGCCACCGCCACCUCCAGCAGCAUCGUCAGGGAUGAGGGGCCGAGGAAGGAGUUCUCAUUCUCUUCGCGGCGGCAUUGGUGCUAACUCGAGAGCCUCGUUGAAGCAGCAACAGGAUUUGUUGCAAUAGCAGGUCGCUUCUUUGAAACUUGCGGAAAAAGUUUGACCUGUUUGUCCAAGAACUAAGAACCCUAAAAACAGAGAUCAACGGUGAGGAUUUGCCAUGUGCUACACUA